AUGGGGCGCGCGCCUCUGAGUGGGACCUCGCCACCGCCCUCCUCUUCGUCACCACCCUCCUCACCACCGUGGGCGCGUUGGGGUUACAGCCGGCGGGGGGCCGCCCGCGCCCACUGCCUGGCGACGGCGGGGCUGGUUUUGGGGGGGCUGGUGCUUCUCCCCGCCGCCGGCUUCUACCUCGCCGAAGGCGACUGGACCUACUUGGACGCCGUCUACUUUUGCGUCAUCUCCCUUUGCACCAUCGGCUUGGGGGACCUCGUCCCGGCCGAGCGACCGGGUCACCCGUUGAGGCAACUCUACCAAAUCGCCGUAGCCGCGUACCUGCUCUUGGGCUUGGUGGGCGUCUUGCUGUUGGCUCAAGCCUUCCGGCGGUUGGCCGAGCUCCACGGCGUCGCCGGCGUGUCGCCGCCGGCUGCCGGCGCCGGAGAAGGCGCCGCGUUGUUGGAGGGGGCGAGGGACGGGCUGAAAGCGGUUCGGGGCCGGGGGGCGGUCAACGGGUAGGACCGAAGGUACCCCCCCGCC